UCCUAUUCCUGCUUGUUCACUAGAGGCCUGAAUAACCCGAACGGAGUUUUUUAGAAAAUUUGACAUGAAAACAGCUCCUGUGACUAUUCCAGAUUGGAUCAAAUAGUGGGCGGAUUAUUUUGUUUGUGCCUGUUUGGAUGUUUAACGUGGAGAAGCGACCCUGCUGCUGCUUUGGGACAUUUUAGACGGAUUAUUGAAGAAACUUCAGUUUGAAGACGGAUAAACUGAAACAUAACUAUCCAAAUUAUCUCCAUCGCUGUUCCUACUUGGACAUUUUGUGGUUUUCUGCGUGAAACGAAUAAUUUUUUUUAAAGUCGAGUUUUGGAAAGCUGGUUGCAAUGUGGCGAAUAUGGCGACUGGUGAGAUCGAAACUGCAGUGCAGUGGUGUUUCCUCUCUGCUGCUCGUCUCCUCUGAGGAGAAGAGAGGGACACCUAUGAACUCAACAUUAUUUAUUAUUAUUUUUAUUAUUAUUAUUAACUCUCUCAUGGGGAUCAUUUCUAGUCUAUGAAAUAAUGGUGAAAUUCAAACAUUCCUCAUUAUUUCUUGGGGCGCCUUGUAAGUCCCUCAAUGGUCACUAGGGGGCGCCCCUCAAAAUCCAAGAUGGUAGCACUGUGUAUCACCAGGGUUACAGUUGUAGUAAUAUCCUGUUUACUACACGUUUUGUCUUCAUGGACUUGGACGCAACGACGUCAUGACGUCACGUUACGGCACGUCCUUUUUCACUUCCUCGCCCUCAAAGAGCUGUACACACUGGUCAGUAUCCCACCAACCACGUCAAAAGCUGCAAACCCCAAGAUGCUUAGUUGUCAUUGUGCCACUGACCCAAUCAUCAGAGUUGUGGAUGUGCUGUAUGACUACAAUAAUGACGAUGAUAACCUCUGGAUGAGCAACGGUUCACUUCCUUUCUGCUCCUCCACCUCUCCACCUUCAGCCUCCAGCUGUGUGGUGUGUGUGCGGCAGGGUGUAUACGCUGUGUGUGGUCACCUGAUGCAGGCUGUGAAGCUGGUGAUGGAGGCUUCAGGUCGACAGAUAGAAAUCAUAAAGAGCGAGUGUCCCUGGCUUCUUGGUGAUGCCACAGUUCAGAGUGCUACUGAAUCGCCAGCAAUCAACCCAGAUACAACAGGACAAUGGCCAAUCAUCAUCCCCAUCCUCCUCAUCCUCCUCUUCCUCUUCUUCCUCCUGAUGGGUUACUGCAUCUUCAAGAGAAAUCGCAAUACUUCUGAACCCAAGAUCAAGAAAGUGGAAAAAAACGGAGACACCUUCUACCUGAACAUACCUGAUGCUGACAUUGUCAAACCUGAAGCUGAAGUCCAGAGUGGAAAAAAAGAAGCAGCUGCCCGCCUGAACGUACCUGAUGCUAAUGCUGAUGAACAAGAAUCUAAGGCUGUAAACUGAUAUUUUGAAUGUAGAGAGAAUUUGGCUAAAUGUGCAAUCAUGUUGAAUAUCAUAGGUUUGUCAUUUCUACAUAUCAAAACAAGUGCCUGGAAUAAGAUUUCUUAAUCCAUAACCUCAUCAUUGGAUGCAGUGCUUUAAGUGGGAAAAUAUACUGUAACUGCCGGUGCUCCCCAUAUUCACCUGUUGGCAUAUGAGUCAGGCGGUCGGUAUCGGCUAAUCAUCAAUAACACAUUCUGAAUUUCUAUAGUAAAUAAAAGAAAGCAAGACAAUGACGAUUUUCACAAAAUUAAUUUAUUAAACAAACUACUUCCAUCCUGAAAUCAUGGACGCCACACUUCACACAUACAUUUAAAGGGAACUUGAAUCAAAGUAUAAAUGAUAAUAUUGUUUAGUAGAUGUAAGCACUUUUUCCAUUUUGUAUUGGCUUCAGAUUUCUGUGAUCAAACGUUUACAGUAAAUAAUGUUUAUAUUAAUCGUCCAACAUCUCGUUAUAUUUUCCAACUAAAAUGUAUUUUAAAACACUGUCCUGUGCACCUGUAUAGGCCUGUACCUGUAUUUACUGCUGUGGUAGAAUCUGACUGUCAGAGAGUUGAGUCAUCAUCCAACUCUGUGUCGAUUCUCGCUCUUUUUUUUAAGUGUCAUAAUUAAUCGCAGUCCCGGUAUGCGAGGGGUUAAAAUGUAGACGUGGUGGUACUGCUUACCUAUGCGUACCAGCCCGCUUAAAGCACUGAUUGGAUGGAUAAUGAUAACAUGUAUUUGAAUGUAAUUAAUACCAUUUUUUUAUAUAGAGAGAGAAUUUUAAAUGUAUAUGGAAUAAUGGUUAAUAUAAAUAUAUUUUUGACAAAGAUCCUAUGAUGUUGUGAAAUGUGAAGUGAACUUCUAUCUAUGCAAAUAAUAUCAAGCUCACUGAGUCAGCGAAGUUCAAUUCAUUAUUUGUAUUUGGCACAUCUUAAAAUCCAAUAAAACAUGAUU